ACACAGAGACUUUAAAAUCAUCUGAAACACACAGAGACGACGCAGAGCAGGUUGAUCUCGUGCUCCAGCUGCUGUGUGUCUGCAUGAUGGAGCGAUCCACACAGGAGCUCUUCCUGAACUUCAUGAUUGUUCUGAUCACCGUUCUGCUGAUGUGGUUACUGGUCAAGCAGUAUCAGGACUCAUGAGGGAGAGAAGAGCCUGCAUCUUCAUCAUCAUCUUCAUCUGUGAGGACGGUCUUGCAGGAGCUCACAGUCCAGAUGAUCCAACAGUUUGUGUUCAUGGAUUGUGGUCAUAAUGAUCUGAAGGUCAAACACUCAUCCUGCCAGACAAAAGAGUCCAGAUGUCCUGAUUUAGGACAGAUUUAUUUGCAUCAAUAAACUCUUUGGCAAUGCA